AUGUCAUCUCGUCUUAAACUUACAGUAAAACAUAUAGCUUACAACAUGAAGCUUAACUGUUCCGUUGACUAUUACGUUCAAAACGGUCUGAGGAAGAUUAAGCCUUAUUGGAAUACUCGAUCUUCUUAUGUUAAGGGAAGGUGGCUAAACAAGACCAUUGCACAGGUUUUAAAAGAUGAAUUCCAUUUAACUGAGCUAGAAAUUCAAACAAGAAUAAAGAAUGGACACUGCCAGAUAUUGAGAGAUAAUGUUGCAGUAGAUUGUAAUGUUGAUUUAAUUCAAAAUAAGGAUGUCUACGUAUCAAAACAGCAUAAUCAUGAACCACCAGUAUUGCAAUGGAAUGAAGAAGCAAGUAGUUCACAGUUGACAAAUACCGCUGGCAUUCCAGUUAUAUAUGAAGAUAGUAAAAUUUUGGUAACUAACAAACCGCCGGGAAUUCCUGUCCAUCCCACUGCAUACUACUACCAAAAUACCUUAACUGAGGUAUUGAAGAACUCACUCGGCUACCGUGUAUUUCCAUGUCAUCGACUAGAUAAGAUAACGUCAGGCAUUUUAAUAUUCGCUAAAGACCAAGAAACAGCUGGUAAAUUUCAAGCAGAGAUCCGUGACAAGACAAUGCAGAAAUUUUAUCUAGCUAGAGUCGACGGGGAAUUCCCAAGUACGCCGAGAACCUCGACAUCACCACUAUUUACGUUUGAGCCAAAGAAAAGCUUGAAAGGUGCAUUUUCUUCUGUAAAAGAAGCUGAGACUGUAUUCGAAAGAAUUGGAUAUGAUAGAACUUCAAACCAGUCGCUUGUGCUGUGCAAGCCAUUGACUGGAAGGACGCAUCAAAUUAGAAUACAUUUGGCAAGAUUGGGCCAUCCUAUUGUUAAUGACCCAUUCUAUAAUAUAAAAAACACCAGCUAUCCGAAAAGAACCCAAUUUAUGAUAGAUUAUGAAGAUUGGAACUCGAUUCCUGCUGAAAAAUUGGAGUAUUUAUUUAAUGAGUUUAUUGAUGAAAUUGAAAUGGUUUGGCGUGGGCUAAAUAAUAAUUGUGAUGUAUGCGGCGAAUGCGGAGAAGAGUUACCGGUAGAUCCUUCUAUAAAACAGUUGAUAUUAUAUCUACACGCAUGGAAAUAUGAAAGUGAUGAUAAGCAUUUUCAAACGGAGUAUCCAAUUUGGGCCCAAGGUUUUCUGCCAUAA